AACAGAGCGCAUGUAAGUCACACUGUAACGCAGCAUGUGCAUUUCAGCCAUUAGCAGAUACUCAGCGUUUUCCGGUCCCGAGUAGCGAGCCGUGGUUUUGCUCGUCCGCCUUUCCCCGUCACAGCCGCGGUUUCGUUUUAAAGUAGAAGACCAUGGAUGUGGAUGUUGGAGGAUUUCUCACACAGAACACCACCUAUGACUACUCUGACUAUGAGUAUGAGUAUAAAGAUGAUCUUAAUCCGAAAGGACUCCGCAUUAUGUCCGUGUUGAUACCGGUUCUCUACUCCGUGGUGCUGCUGGUCGGCCUUCUGGGGAAUGCCUUGCUCCUGUUUGCUCUGGGUCUCAGAAGGAAACACUGGAGGAUAUCGGACAUCUUUGUUCUCAAUUUGGCCAUUUCCGACGCCCUGCUGCUUGGGACGCUGCCUUUUUGGGCCGCACAGGCAGCUCAACAGUCUGGAUGGUGCUUUGGGGCCGCUCUCUGCAAGAUCUGUGGAGCUAUUUUCAAUAUGAACUUCUACUGUGGGAUCUUGCUGCUGUGUUGCAUCAGUCUGUAUCACUAUCUGUCCAUCAUCCACUCUGUGCAGCUCCCAGUACAUCACUCGCACAGGGAACCCAUGUUGGUGCAUGCCAGCUGCCUGGCGGUCUGGCUCGUCUCCCUGCUCCUCACAAUCCCUGACUGGAUUUUCUUAGAGCCUACGGAACCUACGACGCAAACCAAACCACUGUGUGUUCACACAUACACUACAUCAUCUGCUAACUGGCAGCUGGGGCCACGCCUGCUCCACCACGUACUGGGUUUACUGGUGCCCACGGCCACACUGGUCGUCUGCUGUUCCGGCAUCCUUCUACGGCUGCACUUUAAAAACCUCAAGCAGCAGAGAGCGGUGACCCUCCUGCUCCUGGCCGGGGUCUUCUUUGUGUUUUGGCUACCAUACAACGUCACGCUGAUGGUGGACACCUACAGGAGCAGCUCCAAGGACUCUCAGCGCAGUUCAUUUAAAGCUCUGCCGGCCACGUUUGCUCUGGCCUGCGUUCAUGCCUGUCUCAGGCCUGUGAUCUACGUGUUCCUUAGUGGAAACUUCAGGAAGUGGACGCUGGCGGUACUGAGGUGCGAAGCCGCUGACGAAUCGAAGGGUGAAGUUAGAAGUUCCUUGUGGGAGUUGGGUGUGAGAGAGAAGGCCCUGCCUGCUCAGAACCACGAGUUAGAAAAUCUGAAGCAAACGACUGGAGCGGAGCAGCCAGUGCAGUCGGCGUAGUGCAAUCAUCCAGUGAUGACUGGACAAGAAUACCCCACUGUGACUCACAAGACACCUGAGUAAAGGCUUACAUCACAGUGGAAUUGAACCUGAAGCCUUGUGAUGGGAUCAUGGGAGCCGGAACAAGUCAUUUUUAUAUUAAAAAGAUUCCCGGGAAUUUCAAAGGAAGGUUUUAGUCACUAGUUUAUUUUUGUAAUUACCCCGUUGCACAAUUUUAGUUUCUCAUGUGAAAUUAUUAUUGAAUAAUAUAUUUAAUAUUUGUUGCGUGUUAAUGUUGCUAUUAGGAUCCAGAAUGUUUUUAUAAUCAUUUAUACGGUAUAUUUUUUAACCGUUACACAGUCGUGGUAAAGCUCUUUUAAGCUGUGGGGAAUUAAAGCUUUGGGAGUAUUAUUGUAUUUGUAGCAAAAUGAACUGUCCUGUUAACGUACAGUAUAAGAAGCCGUUUCACCUUUUAUUGUUUUAUAGUGUUUAUCUUAAGAACUGUAAAGUCCGAGGUUGCAGCAAAGCUGUGGAAAUCCCCCUUCAUAAGUCCCAGUCCUUCUGCUCAGCCCUCAGUGUUUCUGUGUUUGAACUGUUUGACACUGUAUGAUGCAAACAGGCAAUGGUGUCAUGAGUCAGGUGACGGGAGAGUAAGCGUCGAAACAAGGGACUGUUUGACAGACACAGGCCUGCUUUGUUUGGACUAUACAGUAGGAGGUGAACACAUGGAUGAAAAGGAAGAUGAGGAUCACAGCACUGUGUGUUGAGCACUAAUCUCAACCUACUUUUUAGGUCAAGUCAUAUUGUUGACAUUUACAUGUGAGCUGAAAUAAAAAGUUUUUCGGAAAAAUC